AAACGCUUCACUUCGGCCACUGCGCCUGCUCAGAAAACAGCAAAGCGGGAUAUCGAGAACAGCUGUCAGGGAAGGGGUCACGUGGGUCGCCCCAUGCCGUGAUGACACUUCCGGAGGGGGUAUUAAAAGCAAUCGGAAGUGACGUAGACCGUAUCAUUUCGGCUCUUCCUGUGCCCGCCCGCAUCCUUCCGUCCUUCCUUUUCGCGGCGGCCGCCGGGCGCGGUGUUAUUGUGGUUGUUGCGGUUGUUAUCGGCGCCUCAGAAGAGACAGAAGGAGAGAGAGAGAGAUUGACGCCCCUCCCCUCCCCCACCGGAACCGGGCCGAGGUCACGUGACUCCGAUGGACCGGUCGUCCCCAACCUACAUGGUUGCCAACUUGACCCCUCUGCACUCUGAGCAGCUCCUGCAGGGCCUGAACCUCCUCCGGCAGCACCAUGAGCUCUGCGACGUGGUUCUCCGGGUGGGGGACGUCAAGAUCCAUGCCCACAAGGUGGUGCUGGCCAGCAUCAGCCCCUACUUCAAGGCCAUGUUCAGCGGCAACCUCUCGGAGAAGGAGAACGCAGAGGUGGAGUUCCAGUGCGUGGCGGAGGCCGCCCUGCAGGCCAUCGUGGAGUACGCCUACACGGGCACCGUCUUCAUCUCGCAGGACACAGUGGAGUCCCUCCUCCCUGCGGCCAACCUGCUCCAGAUCAAGCUGGUGCUGAAGGAGUGCUGCUCCUUCCUGGAGAGCCAGCUGGACCCCGGGAACUGCAUCGGGAUCUCCCGCUUCGCCGAGACCUACGGCUGCCACGACCUCUACCUGGCCGCCAGCAAGUACAUCUGCCGGCACUUCGAGGAGGUCUGCCAGACGGAGGAGUUCUUCGAGCUGACCCACUCAGAGCUGGACGAGAUCGUCUCUAACGACUGCCUGAACGUGGUCACAGAGGAGAUGGUCUUCUACGCGCUGGAGUCUUGGGUCAAGUACGACGCGCCUGAGCGGCAGAAGUACCUGGCCCAGCUGCUCCACUGCGUGCGCCUGCCCCUGCUGAGCGUCAAGUUCCUCACUCGGCUCUACGAGGCCAACCACCUCAUCCGUGACGACCACACCUGCAAGCACCUCCUCAAUGAGGCCCUCAAGUACCACUUCAUGCCCGAGCACCGCCUCUCUUACCAGACCGUGCUGACCACGCGCCCCCGCUGCCCACCCAAGGUCCUCUGCGCCGUCGGAGGGAAGGCCGGGCUCUUCGCAUGCCUGGAAAGCGUGGAGAUGUACUUCCCCCAGAACGACUCCUGGAUCGGCCUGGCGCCCCUCAAUGCCCCCCGCUAUGAGUUCGGGGUCUGCGUCCUGGACCAGAAGGUCUACGUGAUCGGGGGCAUCGCCACCCACAUGUGCCAGGGCAUCAACUACCGGAAGCACGAGAGCUCCGUGGAGUGCUGGGACCCGGACACCAACACCUGGGCCCCUGUGCAGAGCAUGAGCGACAGCCGCAGCACCCUGGGGGUGGCCGUCCUCUCACGGGAGAUCUAUGCCCUGGGCGGCUACGAUGGGCAGUCCUACCUGCAGUCCGUGGAGAAGUACAUCCCCAAGGUCAAGGAGUGGCAGCCUGUGGCGCCCAUGAGCAAGACCCGGAGCUGCUUCGCCGCGGCCGUCCUGGACGGCAUGAUCUACGCCAUUGGUGGCUACGGACCCGCUCACAUGAACAGCGUGGAGCGUUACGACCCGUGCAAGGACUCCUGGGAGGCGGUGGCCCCGAUGGCCGACAAGAGGAUCAACUUUGGCCUGGGGGUGGCGCUGGGCUUCGUCUUCGUGGUCGGGGGCCACAACGGGGUCUCCCACCUCUCCAGCAUCGAGCGCUACGACCCCCACCAGAACCAGUGGACCAUCUGCCGGCCCAUGAAGGAGCCCAGGACAGGAGUCGGCGCGGCGGUCAUCGACACGUACCUGUACGUCGUGGGUGGCCACUCGGGCUCCUCGUACCUGAACACGGUCCAGAAGUACGACCCCAUCUCGGACGGCUGGGUGGACACGGCCGGGAUGAUGUACUGCCGCUGCAACUUCGGCUUGACCGCCCUUUGAGGAGGCGAGGAAGCGAUUGGCGGGCUCGGCCGGUUCGAAGGCGCCCGUCCGUCCGCCCAUCCGUCCUGCAGGAGGCCGGAGGCUGUGCUUUCCUCGGGAAAGGGCAUCGGGGCACGGAGCGGACCCCGGUCCCUGCCGCCGGCCGCGAUGGAUAUAUCCCGCCUUCGGGUUGGUUCAGGAAGCGAAACCUUGGGCUGCGUUGCCCUCGAGCAGGACCUCUCCGACGCAGCAGGGCUUUGGGCCAUUUCCUCUUCCUCUUCCUCUGUCUGUCCCUGACCUAGAAAAGGGAGCCUUGAAGGUGUGUUUCCCAAAAGGGCUGCAUUUAAUCCCCAAUCCCCAUGGGCCAGCUUGGCUCCUCCCGCCGGGUGUUUUGGACUUCAACUCCCACCAUUCCUGGCCUCAGGUCCCUUCCUUUUCCCCCUCAGCCGCUUAAGCGGCUGAGGGGGAAAAGGAAGGGACCUGAGGCCAGGAAUGGUGGGAGUUGAAGUCCAAAACACCUGGAAGAAGGGCCCAAGUUUUCCCAUGCCUGCCAUAAACCCAUUUACCUGCAGCAAUGCCAUCAACAUCUCCCCGCACAUCCACUCUCAUCCCUUUUUUGGGUGGGAAUUUGAGGAUUAUUAGGAAGGGAGUGUCACGUUUUUAGGUUGACAUGCUUGCCAUUAUUAUUAUUUAUCGAUAGAGAAAAAUGCCUUUCUAACCCCGUCCCCUUUGGGCCCUUGGCUACACACACUUCAUCGUCCUGGACGGCUGAAAACUCCUUUCCGUGCAUCUUGGGUUUUCCCAGAAAGAUGCUCUGGGUUUGCCAGCCUUCCGCCCUGCGUCCAAAGGGAACGAAUGCGCCGCCGGAGCGUCCUGGCGUCAACAUGGUGCUAAAUAAACCCGAACGUAAGGAAAGAAGGCCGUUUGCAGGCCGUGCCUCGGAAGAGAGCGGCGUCUUGGCCUUUCAAGGAACGGGAAACGACCCCUUGCUCUGUCUCUACGUAGUGAAUGCUCCCGUCUUCAAAUCACGGUUUCCCUUCCUGUUCAUCUGUGCCUGACGGACCUUGAACUCUUCGGGAUUUUUUAAGGAUUUGCUCACCUGGAGAAAUCAGAGCCUUAACAGAGGCAAACGAAAUGCAUGUGACUUCCAUCUUUUUAUUUUUAUUUCCUUUCGAGUAGUAUAGAGUGGUUGCCAUAUAACCGGUUGGGUUACUUGUGUUGUCAAAGGCUUUCAUGGCCGGAAUCACUGGGUUGCUGUGAGUUUUCCGGGCUGUCUGGCCAUGUCCCGGAAGCAUUCUCUCCUGAGGUUUCGCCCACAUCUAUGACAAGCAUCCUCAGAGGUUGUGAGGUCUGCUGGAAAUGAGACAAGGGAACAACAACAACCAGGCUUUGUUUAUAUACCACUUUAUCUCCCGGUUUACACAUAGGUAAGCAUUCAAUACCACAUGGAACAUACAGCAGCCCUAUAAUAAAACAUAAACAUAAUAACGAUUAAAAACAAAUAUACCCAUUUAAAAUAUAAAAACAGUUUCAAAACUAUUUCAUCGGGUGAUGUUCAGCAACCAAUGGACAAGGGAAGUUUACAUACCUGUGGAAUAAUUUCCAGAGUGGGAGAAAGAACUCUUGUCUGUUAGAGGCAAGUGCGAGUGUUGCAACUGACCACCUUGAUUAGCAUUGAAUAGCCUUGCAGCUUCAGGGCCUGGCUGAUUCCUGCUUGGGGGAAAAGUUUGUUGGGUGGUGUUAGCUGGCCCUGAGUGAUUUUCGUCUGGAAUUCCCAUGCUUUUUGAGUGUUGUUCUUCAUUUACUGUCCUCAAUUUGGAGUUUUUAAUAUUGGUAGCCAUAUUGUGUUCAUGUUCAUGUUUUGUGUUGUCGAAGGCUUUCAUGGCUGGAAUCACAGGGUUGUUGUGUUUUCCAGGCUGUCUGGCCAUGUUCCAGAAGUAUUGUCUUCUGACAUUUCACCCACAUCUAUGGCAGACAUAAUAAACCCCACAACCUCUGAGGAUGCCUGCUAUAGAUGUGGGCGAAACGUCAGGAGAGAAUACUUCUGGAACAUGGCCAUACUGCCCGGAAAACACACAACAACCCUGUGUUUCCGGUCCUCCUGUUGAAAUCAUGAAAAUGAACCAAAUCCGGCUACCAGUAUUUUUAAAAAGCUAAAAUCAGGACAGUAAAUAAAUAAAAAUGCUCACAAGACAGGGGAAUUGCAGACAAGAAACAGUCAGGGCCAGGAAACACUUCCCAACAAAGGAAUCCCCAGGCAGGGAUCAGCCAGGCUUUGAAGCUGCAAGGCUACCCAAUGCUAAUCAAGGUGAUCAAGAGUUCUUUCUCACAUGCUGGAUCUUCCCCAGAUAUAUAAACCCCACUUGCCUAGUUCCCAACAGACCUCACAACCUCUGAGGAUGCCUGCCAUAGAUGUGGGCAAAACGUCAGGAGAGAUUUUUUCUGGAACAUGGCCAGACAGCCCGGAAAACACACAGCAACCCAUUGGGUGACUGUUCAGCUCCCUUUUGUUUCUUCCAAUUAGGGAAGAGAAACACGUUGCUGUUGUUGGGCUACAGCUCUCUUCUCCGCUCUUCGUGCUGGGGCUGAUGGGAGUCGCAAUCCAACACAGAGUCAAAGGCUGCCAGUCCCCAAACCCAGCUCCUAUUUGGGGCCUCUGCUUUUAAACCAUGAAGGAGAGAUUAAGAACGGAGAUAGAGUUGCAGAUUGAGAACUGCCUGACUCCCGCUGCCUGUUACUGUCUUUGCCAACAUAUAUUUCUGCUUUGUGCAAGGAAUUACGGAUUUGUUUUGCUGUUUUCCUCCUCUCCCUUUCUCCCCGUUCCCAGGUCCUGCCUUCCUCCUCCCUAUUCAGCAUGCUGCUCCUCCUCCACACACGCACACUUUUUUCGUAUUUACAAACAUGCAAUAAUACUGGUGUGUGGUUUAUUUCAGCUUUCUAUGUCUGAGAGCAUCAGAGGUGAGGCUUGGAACCAAUGGUUCCUGUCCUUGUUGUGAGGAAGCUGCCAGCGCUCUUCCCUCCUCCUCCUCCUCCUCUUCCGUGAGUUCAUAUUCUGACUCCCAAGUGAGCACACUUUCUCCUUAGACUAUGUUUUAAGAAGGAAUUGCAUCAUGUCUCUAGCCAACACUUGAACUUACCGCGAAUUCCCAAAGCACUGCUGGGUUUUCAAGCAACCUAAUGACAAAGCAAUCUCUGCUGCCGAGAGGUUCGCCGGUCUUUCUUUACGCAGCAAUAAUGGCCUGAUGCAACCCUUUGCAGCGACCUUUGGUGUGCACAAUUGCGCAUUUAUGUCAGGUGGCAGGCCUUCACCAUGGAGCAAAGCAACUAAUGGGUGCAAUUCCUCCUUGGCUCUGUGUCCUGCUUUGUCUCACCUGAAAGAAAACCUGCUUUGGUGAAAUCCCAAGACAUUGUCUGCAAAAGCUUUGGAUGUUGUGACAUACCAAGGGCAAGGGGGCUGUGCACAGAAUUGUGAGACAAAGGAAAUAGUGUUAAAUUGGUGAGAGAAGGAAAGAGGUGCAGAAGUUUUAAAGAGGAAGGAGAAAAAACCCUUGAGAAGCGCACUGGGCUGCUUCUUCUCUUGUUUGCUGGAUCUCAAAACUUCCCAGAGCCACGUAUGGAUUUUGAAAGGAAAAAUCCAGCCCUGAUCUUGACUUGGGGUUUGCUCUUCUGAAAAUGGGGAACGGGCAACUCCUUGGGAUAGCGCUCCUAGCGACCAUUACGAAGAUCAUUCUUAAGUUGUUUUGAUUAUUUGACAAAAUAAUCCAAACCAAUCUCUUGGCAUUCAGAGGAAGCCCUUUAGAGCACAAGGCUGGUUCUGUUAUUGGUUGGUUGUUGAAAAAGCAGUGGAUAGGUGCAGUGUUAUAUAUGGAAUUUGGGCAGGAUUGUUCCUUGAAGUUUUUCCUUGACCCUUCCAAGGUGAAUCGAAAGGAAAUGCUUCAGUCACAAAUCUCUCUAUUUUGGUUCCAGCCAGAAUCAGCUCCUUGCAAAGUCCAUACGUGAAGGGGAGGAGAGGCCUUUGGAGGAAUGAUCACGCAAAAUAAUCCAAACCAACUUCUUGGCAUUCAGAGGAAGCCCUUUAGAGCACAAGGCUAGUUCUGUUUAUUGGUCGGUUAUUGAAAAAGCGGUGGAUAGGUUCAGUGUUAUAUAUGGAAAUCGGGCAGGAUGGUCUCUGGGGAAGUGUGUCCAAAUGGGGAAGGUGUUCCUUUUGCUCUCAUUCGAGGAGAGGAGACUGUCCCUUCCUUGGUGGCAACAUGGAAAGAAAUCCUUUUACUCGUGACGUUGAACAGAGGCUCACCAGGGAGAGAAUAUGAGGGACGUUUCCUCCAUUCUGGGGAUGCAAAAUGUGGAAAGAUGGACAGUUGUUGCCCAGGUUUAAGGGCGCACUUUUGAGGUGCUGGCAAAGCGUCCCAAUGGCCAACAAGGUUUCUGUCGCCCAAGAGAGAACCUUGUAGCUUUGCUUUGAGUUGGUCUGCUUUGUUCCUCACCUGGGAUUUGCUCCUCACCUCCUUCGAAGCCUCUUCUCUUUCUUCUUCUUUCCCUUUCUUUCUCUUCCUUCUUCCCCUUCUGCUUCCACUUGUGUCAAAGAACACGGUCUCUUUCCGCAGCCUGCCUUAAAAUCCUGUUUUCUGACUCCGCUCAGAAUUAGCAAGGACUGACCUUGGUUGUUGCGUUGAAUGCAAGGCUAGGCCGAUCUCUGCUGGGCUCUGGGCCCUUCUUUGCACUGUCUCCCUUUCCAGCAGAACCCCUCCAAAGCAGAGCAAGUCAGUCGAGGUUUAUCUGCCAGACCCUCCCAGCUUGGUCUUGCCGUCCCUUCCUGCCUCUUUGGGGGCAUCCACACUGGAAUCAAUGCGGUUGGACUCUGCUGUGGCUCAAAGCUGUGGGCAUUGUUGGUGGCUGCAAGCUAAAGGACUUUGGGAACCCCGGCUCCCCUGAUUCCACAGCGUUGAGCACGUAAAGGGGUGCCCAGCUGCAUCAAUCCCACCGUGUGGAUGCGUGCACCCUUUGUGUCUUCCCCACUCUGCCAUCGUCACCCCAAGGAUGGCAUUCAGGUUGGGCACGGAGAUGGAGAACUGCUCGCCAAUGUCUUUCUCAUUCGUUCCCGUCGGCUAAUCAUUGGAAGGCUAUCUCAUUUUGAAUGUGCAAUGUUUAAUAAAAUCUGUGAACAAAA